UCCCCGGCGGUAUUCCCGAGUGUAGCUCGGGGUAAAGUUUCAGUACCACAAGUGGUAACCCCGAGCUACACUCGGGAAUACCAUGCGGCGCUGCUCUGGGAUCUGUUCUUCUCUUACCUUGUCCUGCGCUCCCGCGAUGUCCCUCCUGCAGUGUCCCCUGUAAUGUCCUCCGGCCGAUGCCGGUAUCUGUCUUCUGGGUUCCGUCCACUGCGAUGUCGGGACAUACGGGGAGUGGUGGGCAAUUUGAAAAUUACAAAAGUUAAUUCACUAAAAUAACAUAGUAAAACAUUACUUUAUCAAACCAUUUCACAUAC